AUGUUGUCAAAAGAUUUUUUAACCACAAAUGACAGUUCCUUAGGGGAGGACUACUCCAAGUCCACAGAUUUUGUUAAUUUAGAUGAUCCACCUACUCCAUUGGAGACUCCGGAUCUCUCGCAGGUAAACUUGUCCAAUUUAGAACUCCCACAAACCUCAUCCCCGGUUCAGAAGAAAAGACCCGUCUCUCGUCACCAGAGAAGACACUCCACAAACUAUAAAGAUGCUCUGCAGUUGAGAAGAAACAGUUCGAAUAUAGAUGAGGCUCUAAAUGAUAAGUACACACAAGGACAAUUCGAAGACAUAAGUAGGAAUGGGACAGAAGGUCCUUUCUACGGCACGACAAUGUGUCAGAACACGCACCCUGAAAGGCAUGAGAGUGGAAAGGAUGGAAGUGACCAAGAAUGUCUAUAUACAGUCCACUCUAACCUAUCUGGUAAUUUAAAGAAACAGAGAAAUCAUUAUAAUACAUCCGGGGAUAUGCACGGUAAGCCAACAACUAAAGUAGAGCAUAUCCAGCAUCGCCAUGGUGACAACAGAGGAGAGAGAAAAGAUUUAUCACAACAUAAUGACUUGGAAUCAACUCCUCGUGAUGAGCCAAGAUUAUAUCGGAAAAACUCAUUCGAAUAUGAAGAUUUUAAAAAGCAUAUGUACAACAGAUUGAAUAUGUUCAAUGAUUAA